AUGCCAGAUUCCCGGACCUUAUAUGAUCUUGGCCACGAUGAUGACGGCGAAAAGUGGGCUGGAGGUCGAUUGAGCAAUGUAUUACGAGAUACGCAGACCGAAGGCGUUGUGGUUGUUGCGCGCUGGUACGGUGGGCAAAACAUCGGUCCCAUACGAUUCACGCACAUUGAAAACUGUGCCAAAGAAGCCAUUUGGAAAUGGAAAAACGCUGAUACCGAGAUCAAGAAAGAGCAGGCUACCAAGAAACAACGAAUUGAUGAGGAAGCUAAGCGGAAAGAGCUUGUGAACAAUUUACAGGAGAGAGAUUACAACAUCUUCGCACUGCGGAAGUUGUUGAGUCAAAAGAAGGCGAAGUUGCAGGACGAGGAGCCUGCACCACCGACGCCGCAGAAGAUGCAGGACUACGGGAAGAUGACUAUGGAUGCGCUGACGAGGGUGGACAAGGCGAGAGACGCAACAAUCGCAUUCAUCUUAAAGCAGAUCGAUAAGGUUGACGAAGAGCUUAAGCUUGUGGAAGCAAUAGAGGACGGCAUAGAGGACGGCACGCAGGCGACGGAAGAAGAGGCAAAGGCUGAAGAUGCAGAAUCCUCAAUGCCAAAGUGA